AUGGCGUCUGCUAGCUCAUCUAGCAGCGACUCGCUAUCCCAUCUUCCUACCGCGCAUCCGGAGCGUAACCCGAGCUUCGAGCCCAUCCGAUCCCCAACCAUCACGCGACGGCAAACCAAUGUCGACCUUGCGCGGAUCGAGUCGCUGCGCCUAACACACCAGUCGACGGUCGGAUCGACCACUGGUCCAGAGCCGCGAGAGAAAUGGCUUCCCUUUGGGGGAGGGAAAGACUACCCUCCCAAACUCCCUGAUCCGGAGAAGUAUGUCGUGGAGUUCACGGGGGCAGACGAUCCUUUUCAUCCGCGAAAUUGGCCUUUGGCGCGCAAGAUCACGAUCUCUUGCCUCUUGGCGUUUGUUACGUUUACUGCAUCGUUCGCCAGCGCCAUCUUCUCCGCGGCUGUCGGCCAGGCGAGCGAGGAUUUCGGCAUCAGCAGGGAGGUCGCAACGCUGGGCGUCACGCUUUAUGUGUUGGGAUUUGCGGCCGGGCCGACCCUCUGGGCCCCGGCAUCUGAGCUGAUCGGGCGGAAAUGGCCCAUCAUGGUCGGUGUGUUCGGAUACUCCAUAUUCACCAUUGCAACGGCAACAGCGAAGGAUGUACAGACACUCAUGUUGACGCGGUUCUUCGCGGGUAUGUUCUCUGCUAGUCCGAUCGCCAUCGUGCCCGCGGCGUAUGCCGAUAUCUACAAUAACAGCACACGUGGUAUUGCGAUUGCGAUGUUCGCGAUGGCGGUGUUUGUUGGUCCAUUUGCGUCGCCGUUCACGGGUGGCUUUAUCACCCAGAGUUAUCUCCACUGGCGGUGGACGAUGUACAUCUCAGCCAUCAUGGGCUUUCUCGGACUGGUGUUGCUGUUGCUCUUUUACAAGGAGACUUACCCUCCCGUUCUGUUGAUCGAGAAGGCGGCCACCCUUCGCCGUCAGACGCGCAACUGGGGUAUCCAUGCCAAGCAGGAUGAAGUCGAGCUGGACCUUCGGGAGUUGAUCAAUGUCAACUUCAGCCGGCCGUUCCGGAUGCUCUUUACGGAGCCGAUCGUCUUUUUGGUGACAUUGUACAUGUCGUUCAUUUACGGGUUGAUGUAUGCCCUUCUCGCCGCAUACCCCGUCGUGUUCCAAGGUAAACACGGGAUGAAUUUGGGUGUUGGCAGUCUUCCAUUCAUUGGGUUGAUCGUGGGCGAGUUCUUUGGGGGGAUAUAUAUUCUGAUCGUGCAACAAUCAUAUAUCAAGAAACUAGCCGCCAACAACGACAUCCCCGUGCCGGAAUGGAGAUUACCACCGUGCAUUGUCGGCGGCUGUGCCUUUACCAUCGGGCUGUUUUGGUAUGGAUGGACCGGCUGGACGAAGAGCAUUCACUGGAUGGCACCGACCGCAUCCGGAGUCUUCACUGGGUUCGGCAUCUAUGUGAUCUUCCUGCAGUGCUUCAAUUACCUGAUUGAUUCGUAUCUCCAAUUUGCCGCGUCGGUCUUCGCCGCCAACACGAUUUUGCGGUCCGCGGUAGGGGCGUGCUUCCCACUCUUCUCCCGUCAAAUGUUUGUGAACUUGGGGGUUCAGUGGGCGGGAACACUGCUGGGAUGCUUGUCGUUUAUCAUGAUCCCGAUCCCGCUGGGUUUCAUCUUACUGGGACCGAGGCUGCGGAGGAAGAGCAGAUUCGCUCCCUCUCCAGCUUUUUUUGAGGAGAAAGGGCCUAAUGAGUAUAUUGUCACCAUCCCCAUACUCGGCCCCACGUUGUAG